CGAGCUUCGUUAAACGUUUUAGGAACCCUGAGUCGGCGCCACACCUCAUCGCCGAACCAACUACCAUUAAUCACCCGGCCAAUAGCCCAGACAGAAUUUCAGGCAUCUUACCGGUCAUAUCAAACUUUCGCAAUUCAUGUCGGCGACCCUGCACCGCGUCGUCGGUGCCUCUAUCGUGAAACCGAAGACCACAGCAGUUGCGUGCCGAAAGUGCCACUCCCGUAAGGUCAAGUGCUCGGGCGGCCAGCCAUGCUCGAAUUGUGAACGAGACGGUAGUGAUGUCGAAUGCUCCUAUCCUAAUCGGGUACGGCAUGUGAGAGUGAAAAAAAAGCUGCUUGCAGAGAUCGCUCGUCUCAAACGUGAUCAUAGUGCUAUCACAGAGGCAGACAGCACAGAAGUACACGAACAAAUUUCCAACGGUACAAGAGAUGAUUCUGUGCCGGCAGAAUCAGCUCAAGCAUCCUCUAAGAGUUCUAUCACCAGUGUCCGUACACACAAUGUUGAAAAGUCAAGGAGCACGACUGCAUUUCAAACAACUAGGGAACGCUCGAAUCGAGGGCAAUCCGCUGUUGAAGAAGCUGCACGAAACCCGCUUCUUGAAGAUCGUCCUUGGUUCAUUUCUCUAACUCCAGAGAUGCCUGUCUUGGUAGGAGAGGCUACAGAUGCGGCUUUCGCAACCAGAUUCCGUCAGGCUUUAUCAGGAAAGGCACAGGACCACUUCCCACGCACCCAGUACACAUCUGAUCCUGUUUCCACCUCUCUAACUCUUGUCAACUUUCCUAAGCCCACCCCAGCAAGGGCUCGUGUGCUGAUGAAAGUCACUCUGGACACAGUGUGUCGACGUUUUCACCUUGUGCAAAAGAGCGCAAUCCUGGCUAUGCUAGACCAAUCAAUUCAAAAUCCAGCCCAGUGUGACGCAAUAUCCACCUGCAAACUUUUCGCAAUGUUUGCAUUGGGCGAAGCUUACUCUGCAAGAGCUUCUUUUCCUGGUGCGAAGUUCCCUGGUAUCGACUACUACAAUAACGCAACCAAUAUUCUCCGUGUGCUUAGUGAAAAACCAAGGAUUGAGUGUGUUGAGGUCAUGGCAAUGCUUUCCCUGUACUCCAUUGCUAUGAACAGACGUCAUGCAGCAUACUGCAUGGCAGGCUGUGCCAUGCGCUUCGCCAUAUUAAUGGGACUCCAUCACAACGUCCCGCACACUCGACUUCCAAACCGUGAGCAUGUAGAGCAUAGGGUGAGACUGUGGUGGACCGUCUACAUACUGGAUAGAUUGUGGGCAACGAUGCUCGGUCAACCCGUGUCUAUACGAGAUGAAGAUAUCGAUGUAGCUCUUCCUUCUUCACAAGGUCUGCCGGACGCGUUUGCCGAUGAUUUUCAUGAUGACGAUGAUGCUAUUGCAGGACUUCGUAUAGCUCGGCUAUCUGCAGAGGUCACAUCUUCAGUUUAUGGGCGAAACAUGCAACAAGACUCCUUCUCAUACAGAGUACAACAGGCACUCAAGAAAUUAGAUGACUGGAUAAAAGCCCUACCAGAUAGUCUUCGCAACAAAGUCGACCAGGCCUCCGCUAAUAUAGACAUGGCAGACAUGAUGUUGCAGCUCUAUUACAACCAGUGCUUGAUUUUAGUCACAAGGCCGGUUCUUCUCCACGUUCUGCGUCUGCGCCAGGCUCAAUCAAAUGGAGAUCCACAUAACGAUCCGAUUCAGCCCAAUGAGCAUACACUUGCGCUUGCAGACGCCUGUGUCAUUUGUGCCAAAAAGUCCUAUCGUCUCCUCGUUGAUGCCUGGAUCAAUGGCUCAUUUCCAACUUUCGACUAUACUCUCACUCAAUACCUAUUCUCGACAUCUGUUAUACUUGCAAUAUCCAGCUUCUCGCAGGCUCACUGGCCCAGCACCGAAAGCGAAGAUUUUGAAGCUGCUGUUCAUAUUCUUGAUCAACUCAGUCAAAACGGAAGCCAAGCGGCAUCGGAGUUUAUGAGGCAUGUUGGGGCUACAAGAUUGUUGAUGGAGGCCCAUAAACUUUCCCCAGGCCAAGUGGAGCACGAUCAGACGUCAAUCAGAUCAUUAGCAGCUUCACAUGCAAUGAACCCCACUGAACCAACAGGAUCGAGAAUAGAGACAGAUAUGGACCCUAUAGGCUUCAAUCUCUCCGAGCCCUCGCUACAGGAUCUUCUCUCCUUUCCACAUCUGGAUCUCGACAGAUUGGAAACCCCUUUCAGCAGUGAUGAUUUUCAGUCAUUCUACUGGCCGGAUGCCGGGCCCAGCCCAAUGGCAUCAACCAACAUUACUGCUACGCCACUUGCGACCGAGGAGAACGAAUAUUGGAUCAUGUACUUGCUGGCAAUCGCGUCCCUCCUUCUAAUAGGCAUAACCUCAGCGCAAUAA